AUGACAGUUGAUUUAGAGAGGAGAAGAGGCGAUGACAAUCAAUUUAGAGAGGAAUUCGACUACUACAAUUAUCGUUUUUCAAGCUGCGAUUGGCGGCAGAGGAGAAAUCAGAAAAUUAAAAAUAACAACGGCGGAGAGUCCAUAUCGGAACCACAUACCCACCACUACCACCGACUUACCUUCUCUCUUUCAAAAAAACUCUCUCACUUCCAAAACCCUAGAUUCUUUCAUACGCCAAAUUGCUUCAUCUCAAGAUCUGUUUCUGUUAUUCAACGAGAGUUAUCGUCAAAUAACAUAAUAUCAAACAUGGCAAAUCACAAGAGUAAUGAAGUGGUCAAUGGAACUCCAACUCAAGGAGACGUAAGCAAGGAAUCAGGUCAGAAGAAAGGGCAAACAAGAAAAAAAGAAAAAAUCGGUACUCAGACUCCAAGGGUAUUACGUUCAAGAUCGCAAGAGAAACCUAAAGCUUCUGAAUCAGUAGAUCCUUCUCCACAAGAUCAAACAAGCACAGAAAAGAAGAGAAAGAAGAUAAAGAAGAUAAAAAAAGAUCAAAAUGACGAAUUCUCAAAAAUAAGAACACAUUUAAGAUAUUUACUACAGAAAAUGAGCUAUGAACAACUCUUCAUUGAUGCUUAUGUUGGCGAAGGGUGGAAAGGCCAAAGUUUAGAGAAAAUAAGACCAGAGAAGGAGCUUCAACGUGCUAAAUCAGAUAUCAAUCGUUUCAAAUUGAGAAUAAGAGAUCUUUUCCAAAAGAUUGAUAAAUCAUGUGAAGAAGGAAGGUUUCCAGAUACUUUAUAUGAUUCUGAUGGGCUAAUCGACAGUGAAGAUAUAUUUUGUGCAAAAUGUGCACAAACAGAAGUAAAACUUGACAAUGAUAUUAUUCUUUGUGAUGGUUUUUGUGAUCGUGGAUUUCAUCAAUUUUGUUUGGAUCCACCUUUAUUGAAAGAACAAGUUCCUCCUGGUGAUGAAGGGUGGCUUUGCCCUGCUUGUGAUUGCAAGGUUGACUGUGUUGACUUGUUAAAUGAUUCCAUGGGGACAGAUUUGUCCAUCAAUGAUAACUGGGAGAAGGUCUUUCCUGAAACUGCAGUAUCUGGGGACAACUUAAAUGACAUUUCAGGGCUUCCCUCUGAUGAUUCUGAAGAUGACGAUUAUAACCCUGAUGCUCCACAGGUGGCAGAAGAUGAGGUAGAUGUAGAGGAUCCAAGCUCUGAUGAGUCUGAUUUCUCUUCUGCAUCUGAAGAUUUGGGAGCCAUAGCAAAUAAUAAUAACAAUAAUAAUAAUAAUAAUAAUAAUGAAGAACAGUAUUUAGGGCUUCUUUCUGAUGAUUCAGAAGAUGAUGAUUUUAAUCCUGAUAAAGCAGAUGAUGAUGAUGAUGAUGAUGAUAAUCAUAAGGCCAAAAGUUCUGGAUCAGAUUUUACAUCUGAUUCAGAGGAUCUUGGUGACAUCAGCAAGAAUGAAGUGACAUCAGCUGAAGUUGUUAAAGAGUCUGUAGUAUCUGAAAAAGAUGAAGAAAUCUUGAAAACAGAUAUGGAAAAUGACGAUUCUGCCCCUAUAACUGCAAGGAGACAUGUUCAGAGAUUGGACUACAAAAAGCUGCAUGAUGAGGCAUAUGGGAAUGUUUCAUCGGAUUCAAGUGAUGAGGAUUUUUCUGAUUCUGAAGGGCCAAAGAGACAGAAGAAUACUAAAGAGGCAAAGGGUGAAAACUUGAAUAAAAAACAGAAAGAAAGUGACUCUACUACCCCUGUAAGAAAAAAUGGUAAGAAGGUAGAUGUUGAGGGCAAAAAUGGUACUUCAGCACGUAAGGGUUCUUCUGCAGCUGGUUCUGGUGAUAAAAGUGGUGCUAAAUCAUCAAAUAAAAAACUUGGAGAAGCUGUUACUAAGAGACUCUAUGAAAUAUUCAAGGAAAACAAAUACCCUAACCGAAAUAUCAAAGAAAAUCUAAUGAAAGAAUUGAAUCUCACUCUGAAUCAGGUCAGCAAAUGGUUUGAAAAUGCUCGUAGGAGUUCUAAGCACCCUGAACAACACAACGGUGGAGCAAGUACCCCAACCCCGGGCCCCACACCAGAAAAGUCAACAGCCAAGCAAGCGAAUUGGAAAAAGUCAACAACCAAGCAAGAGAAUGGGGAAAAGUCAACAACCAAGCAAGAGAAUGGAGAAAAGUCAACGCCCAUAAAAUCUAGUAAGAGAAAAGCAAAGGGGGAUGAUGAGGAUAUGAAUUUGAAAGAUGCUAAUUCUUCUCCAAUGGAUUUAUCGAGUCAAAGUGCUCGUAGAAGUGGUAGGGUUCGUGCUAAAAGAGUGUGAUUAAUAUAAAAUGUGAAAUUUAAUCACAUUUUAUGAAAUAUUGAUUUAAUGUGAUGUGGAUUUUAAGGCCUAAUUUGGUGGUGUUUUCAUGGUUGUUGUAGUGGUUUUUGUAAGAACUUAUGUGAUGACAAAGAAAGUUGGACAUUUUUUUGUUGAGAUAUAAAUUUGCGGAUUAAUGAAUUUAUUCGAUGU